AUGACUAUCCAGGAAAUUAUCAAGUUAGACAAACUGAACAUUUUCUUGCCUAACUACCGUGGAAGAUUGACUGAAGGUGUUACAUACAACCCUGCCAACGAUACCUUGAUAUGGGUAGACAUUAUUGUUGGAGAAGUUCACCGAGUAAAACUUUCUUCGGAGGCCGCAGACAAGGAACAUGAAGUCAUAAAAUGGGGUCAACUGGGAGAAUCUAUCGGGGCCAUCGGUUUGACCACCAAAAACGACGUGAUCUUGGUGUGUGGAAAGUAUGGUGUUGCCUUGGGUGACUUUACUACCGGCAAGAUCGAAUACUUCUUCAAGUAUCCAUACGACGUAACAAAGCAGCAGCGUUUGAGAUCUAAUGAUGGGAUUGUCGAUCCAUGGGGAAACCUCUGGAUCGGUGUCAUGAACGAUUUCCCAGUGACUUUCAAAGAAGGUGUACGUCCCGAAGGAAAGUUAUUCCGUAUUGACCACAAGGACUUGUCGAUAACGACUAUGGUCGAUGACACUUUGAUUGCCAACGGUUUGGCAUUUUCAGAAGACGGAAAGAAGUUGUUCUGGACAGACUCUCUCACUUUCACCAACUGGCAAUUCGACUACGAUUAUGCCACAAACACAUUAUCUAACAGAAGACCUUUUAUCGAAGCAAAGAAGUUCUUCCCUGACGAAGCCAGCCCUGAACCAGAUGGAUUUACGAUGACUAAAGAUGGACAUAUCUACCACGCGGUAUUCAGUACUAGUACUGUAAUUCACGUAGAUGCCAAUGCCCAAUUGGUGAGCAAGAUUCAGCUUCCAGCUUCCAGGAUCACCUGUGUGACGUCAGGAGGUAAGUACAACGACGAGUUGUUCAUCACUACGGCCCAUCUCCAAUUAGAUGAUUUUAAUGCAACUAUAGACCCCAAGGACACCAACGGUGACUUGGGUGGAUUCUUGUACAGGGUCAAGCUAGACAAGCCCGUCAAUGGUCAGAUUAAGAAUAUAUGGGGCGGUCAAGUAUGA